AUAAUUACCACCAACUAAUUUGAUAUCGAUCUAAUCGGUUUUCGUGUACAAUCGCCAGAAAUUGAUUGAUCGUUUUCAGUCGUUAUAACCACCUCAGUCAGCUUUCGGUUUAUAUUAGUUCCCUGCUAGUACUCGUGAAGUGCGGUUGUGACAAUUUUCUAGUCCAAAGUACCAUAUCCAAAAACAAACAAGAUGUCUUUCGAGAAAGCCGCUGCUGACGUUAAGAACCUGAAGGCUCUCCCCGGAGACAAGGACCUGCUCGAGCUGUACGGUCUGUACAAGCAGGGUACCGUCGGUGAUGCCGAUCCCUCCAACAAACCCGGUUUGUUAGACCUUAAGGGCAAAGCGAAAUUCGAAGCGUGGAGCUCCAGGAAGGGAACAUCACAGGCUGAUGCCCAGGCAGCUUACAUCGCUAAAGUGCAGAGCCUUAUUGACACCAUUGGCCUCAACUAAUUAUAAGUACAUAAGCAUAAAUAAUUGUCCGACAAAGCAGCCGUGAAAUAACCUAUGAGCAGUUUGGGACCAUAACAUCUGGUCGUCAAAGACCUAAGCUGCACUUCUCUAUGGUUGUCGGCGAUUAUAAGAAUCUACAUUUUUAUUGAGCGGAAAUGAGAGUGUAUAAAAAUGCAAUUAUCUUUGGUUGUGUGCUAUAUUCGCUAAUAUAAAUUAGUACUCAUAUUUUAUUAGCGAUAUUUAAAUUUCGAAUGACCGAUUAUCUUGUGUCUGGACCAGUUUUAUGCUGGAAUGUAUUGAAAAGAAGUAAAUUUCCGUCUCACUAAAAAUUCUCUGUAUAUUAAUAUUUAUUUCUAAGAAUAUGUCAUCAAUUAUGAAGUUAGCACGAAUUUAUGCUGCAUUUCAUGAACAUAUCUUGGUGCUCUAACAUGCCUUCGUUAUUAUUUUUUUAUACUAUUAUAUAAAAUAAAUCUGU